AUGGGAAAGAAAGAGGGAAAUGGUCACAAUAAUAUGUAGCAUAUUUUACAAUUAAAUUUUACAAUUAAAUAUGCGAGUAUGAUAUAAAAUUUGUAUUAAAUGUAAAACAUUUAUUAUCGUUAAAUUCUAUUUUUCAGCAAUAAUGUAUUUAUUAAGCUGUAAUAAGAUGGAAUUUCUUAAUGGCUGCAUGGCAAGUCUGCAGAAGGGGAUUCAAACCUUUCAGGUUGCUACGCAACAGCCGUCUUCGGUCACGCAUGUGCGCGGUGCAUAGUGGGAGUAUCCGCACGAUGCUGAAUCAGUGCAGGACCAGGAGGAGGCUGAAAAUGGUGCAGCAUCAACAAGGGAAAAAAACGCUGCGGUCGCGUCAACGGAAUGAUGUGCCAUCCCUUAAACUCUCACUUUGAGAUUUUACUCCGACGACAGAAGAACAGGUAAAUGGCAGGGUUUGGUAAGGUGCUGGCCAACCGAUGCAGUGUGUAGGGCCCGUUGUCCACGGCGACGAAAACAUGAACGGGGCGGGGGAGCAGGUUGACAUCCUGCCCCCCAACUGCUUGGUAAAAGAGCGUUGGAAAGUGCUGAAGAAAAUAGGUGGCGGAGGGUUCGGAGAGAUAUAUGAGGCCUAUGACCUGUUAACACGGGAAAAUGUGGCUUUAAAGGUGGAAUCUGCCCAGCAGCCAAAACAAGUGCUAAAGAUGGAGGUUGCUGUACUGAAGAAACUACAAGGAAAGAAUCAUGUGUGCAAAUUCAUUGGAUGUGGAAGAAAUGACAAGUUCAAUUAUGUUGUCAUGCAGCUGCAGGGAAGGAAUCUUGCUGAUCUGAGGCGGAGUCAGCCUAGAGGGACUUUCAGUAUGAGUACAACUCUACGGUUAGGGAAACAGAUCCUGGAGUCUAUUGAAGCAAUUCACUCUGUGGGCUUCCUGCACAGAGACAUUAAACCUUCUAACUUCGCCAUGGGCCGGUUGCCGUCCACCUGUAGGAAGUGUUACAUGCUGGACUUUGGUUUAGCGCGACAAUACACAAAUACGAAUGGGGAAGUGCGACCGCCAAGGACGGUGGCAGGAUUUAGAGGAACAGUUCGCUAUGCUUCCAUUAACGCUCAUAAAAACAAGGAAAUGGGUCGUCAUGAUGACCUGUGGUCAUUAUUUUAUAUGCUGGUAGAGUUUACUGUUGGACAGCUACCAUGGCGUAAGAUAAAAGAUAAGGAGCAAGUGGGGCAGAUCAAGGAACGUUAUGAGCAUAGGAUGCUAUUAAAACACAUGCCCGCAGAGUUUCAUAUCUUCUAUGACCAUGUGCUGGAUUUAGAUUACUUCACCAAACCUGAUUAUCAGUUGUUAAUGUCAGUAUUUGAAAACAGCAUGAAAGAGAGGGUCAUAACUGAGAAUGAGCCAUAUGACUGGGAAAAAUCUGGAACAGAUACAGCCCUCCCCACCAGCACACCACCGCAACAAAAUACACGACAGACUGCAGCCAUUGUGGGGAUAGUGAAUGUGACACCUGUUCCCGGGGAAUUACCACGUGAGAACACUGAUGAUGUUCUGCAAGAUGAACACCUGAGUGACCAGGAGAACGCUCCACCUGGUUUAAUACCCAGCAGGCCUAUUGAGCCCACACCAGCCCCACCUGCUGGUGAAGGAUGGGAUGAAACUGACUUUAAUCGUAAUAAACUCAGGAUUAGCAUCAGUAAGACGCAGGUAGCAGCAGCAGAGGAGGGAGAGGAGCCUGUUGGAGGGUUGCGGCCUGUAUCUCCGGGUAGGAGUGGGGAAGUAGAAGUCCAUGCCUGCCCUUCAAGGUAUCGAAGAGUCAACAGUCCAGAAUCAGACCGCCUGUCUGCUGCAGAUGAUAGAGGAGAUGGUGCAGAUAAGCGCUCUCGUAUGGACAUGCUGGGUUCUCCAUCCAGACACGUCUACUCCUCCCAGCCUGCUCUGAUGUUCUCUAUAGACGCUGGACAGGGAGAUCGACUGGCCGGUGGCCGCCAUGACAUCUCUGCAGAUGGUGACCAGGAGGCCCACAGUAACGCCUUCAUCCGCUCGGUUCCACUGGCAGAAGAAGAAGACUUUGACAGCAGAGAGUGGGUAAUGAUCGAUAAAGAAACAGAGCUGAAAGACUUUCAUCCUGGGGCAGAGCCAACCACCUCAGGCACCACUGAUGAGGAACCUGAGGAAUUACGCCCCCUUGAAGACCACGAGGAGAGGAGAAGAAGAGGAGGUGGUCAUGGACUGGGCGGAGCUGAGGCGGUGGUGCGACCCAAAACGCAACGUGGGAUGAUGCUCGUAGCAGAGGAGGAGGGGGCAGGGCCAAGCCCCACCCAUUUACCUGGUCACUUUUUGCCUCAUACCUGCCCAAGAAGAAGGGAGUCAGAGCCAUUUGGACCCGAUGGACCGGAGAUCGCAGAGACUGAAUGCUUACCCAGCACCUCUCAAACAGGUCUGAAGCGAGUGGACUUCAUGUCUGGUGUGUUGAUGUUUGAUGACCUGGGAGAGGAGGGUGCACAGACACGAGGCUCAGGCAGUGACGGAAGCCCACGUAGUAGUGAGGGAAGCCCAGAGGGUGCAGCAUCCACCCUGCUUGCCCCCGCCCCCGCCCACCGAGACCACGAUCAGGAAGAAGGCUCACGCACCUUGGUGCUGGUCUCCGCUGGUAAUGGCCAGGUUUCACCUGGAGACGGGCAGGGUACCCUGAACGCAUUGACGCCGCAGGGAGAGCGACCUGUGCCCGAUGAAUCUGAACCCGGAACCUUGUCCUCCGUCCUCAGGUCGGAGCCCAGGCCUAUCGUUAUGACAACUGCAGCUGUGAUCACCAGUGGCUCUUGCUCGCCUCCGUUCACCAAAGUGGAACGUACUUUCAUCCAGAUUGCGGAGACGUCACAUCUUAAUGUCAUGAGAGCCAGACGCCGUUCACCUGGAUUGGAUGAGGCAAUAUGUGCGGAGCGUGACGAGUCAGGUGGGGAGAGAAAACAAAAGGAAGAACAAAAAGAAGUGAAACAAGAGAGAAAAAGAGAUGGAAUAACAGUGGAAAGGGAAUAUAAAAACAGGGAAGAAGAAAAGAAAGAUGAUGAGAAGAUAAAGGAAGAAAGUAAAGCUGAGAAUAAUAGCAAAUCUGAAGAACUUGAGAAGGAAAUAGCAUGUGGUGGUGACGAAGCAAAGACUUCGUUUUUAGCUGGAUCCCUUGACCAACCAGAGACUACAGCUAUUGGCCCUGCAGAGACGCACUCUACAGAAACCAAAAUGGAUGUCAGACCAGUAGUAGAGCAACAAACUCAACAAGAGCAAGAAAAGUGUCCCUCUCCGACCCCUGAACAACAGAAAGAUGCAGAUGUGGAAGAUGUGAACGGUGUGUCUCCACAGGGAGCAGAACUACACAAUAAAAAGCCUGAGUCGACACAAAAACGAAGCCGCAUUCCUGUACUUAUGUCGGAGGAUGAAACCGGCUCGGACAAGUCAUCUCAGGCAAGUCAAGAACAGCUGCAAAGAAUUCGCAAAAGCCACCACCAACACCUUGCACGUCUCGUUCUGGAGCGUAAACAGACACAUCUGAUUCGAUCUCGGUCAGCCUCCUCCCGCUCCCCAACACUGUCGACGACAGCAUCUGAGGAUGAAGCCAACCAAUCAGAUGACUCCGCUAGACGGGAGACAGGAGCUGAAGGACGCAACAGAAGCAAGAUCCCUCGGCCAGCCACACCCAUAAGGCGGUCUUCCGACCAAUCGGGAAGCACGAAACUCCCACAGACGCAGAGAUCUGUGUCUUUUAUUCAGUACAGAACCAACAGUUCUCUCAAUCCCAGGAUUCAAAAGUCUGCAAGUCUCCACACAAAUAUCCAUCAGCAGCCGCAACAGCAUCAGAAACCUCAGCUCCGACCCUCUAAAACACUUCCACCUCGUCCUCCAACUUCGUCCCCAUCCCACUCACCAGGAAGUCGCACCGCCACACGCGCUGUUUUUCGUACCUCGGCUCCCAAUGCCCCCCGAAGCAUUAGCACCUCCCCCCGGAGUUACGCCACCUCUCGCACCGAUAGCCCCUCCCCGCAGCGCAUCCGCCGACAGCCCACAUCCAAUGAAACGCAAAGGCACCCCCAGCAGCCCAAACCUCCUUGCCCAUCACAGUCCAAACCCAAACCUCAGGACUCCACCUCCAAAAAGAGCAAACUCUACUCAUCAACCCCAUCCCAAAAAGGGAAGAAAGAACCAAUGGAAUCCAAGACUAAACCAAGAUAAUUAGAGUGCAAUGAAUGAGGACUUUUAUGAUCAUCCAGUCUGAAUUCUCUAGAUUGCUUCUCAUCUGCUAGGCCAUAAAAUUCAGUGUUGGACAGAAGAUGAACCACAACAGACUCAACCAAAAGAUAUUAUUCAGCCAAGAGACUGCAACAGCUACUUAAAUACCUCUAUUGAGGAGAACCUCUGACAUUUACACACAUACACAUUGAGUGUAGAAAACUGUGUGUGUGUGUGUGUGUGGUUAUCAUGAAGAAGUGUGUUGGACAGUUCAACACACCUCAUAUGCCUUAAACCUUCAAUGGAAAUAAUUGCUGCCAUCACUUCAAGGCUUCCACAGGCUGUAUCCUCCUGUUAAACACCAUUGUCACGUCCAAUCACACAAUCAAUCCUAUUAUAUGCUUUA